UCCAUCAUCUGUUUUGAAUGAUCAAAACCAAAACAAUCCCAUAAUUUUUGGCUUGUUCCGGCUUAUUCCUUAUUCUUCCAACUUUCUGGGAGUUGGAAGGUAUUACCCUUAAUUAGAACAGCCAUUAUCUCAUAGUUUAAAAAUUCGAGAAUUCACAUUAAUGACCAGUUUAUGACCAGCAGAAGGUAAAACGUGGGGUCCCCGCAAAUCUCGAUUUGCAAUUAAGUCGGAUUAUGGCUGCGAGCUGCGAAUCAUCGUGCUGAAGUUUGAGGUCGGACAAGCCAGGAUGAUCAACUGGUCGGACUAUGGCAAGGAGCUGCUGCUGCUCACCGUGGACACGUUCGUCGUGGCGUGUGCAUGGAAAUGGUACCGCAACAGCAGUAAGGCCGUCGCCGCCCUUGACGCGCCUGUGAUCACAGACCACAAAGGCCUGGAAUACUGGCUGAGUGAAGGCGGGGGCAAGUGGGCCGUGGUGCAGGGCUUCGUUGAGCCCAUUGGGCCCGUCAUCCACAGCUUCAAUGACAAGUCUGUCAAGGGCGUCAUCCAGAGGCUCAAAGUCAAGGAAUAUGUCACUUCGAGGAGCACCGCUGGCUUCUGGCAGGACGGAGAACGGGUAAUUGCAGACACGUCAAACGUGGUGCCCUUUGGGGUCAGGGUGGGCAAGAGUCUGGUCGAGAUGGAAGAGCCUGUGGAGGCGGCAGCCCUCAGUUUGCGCACGGUCGCCUCUGAGUUCAGCCAGAAGUCUUCAGGCUUCCUAGACCAGCUGUGGAGCUUCCUCGUUGGAACUAGACACCGGGGCAUCCAGUCGACUGAGGAAAUGCUCCUCGUUGGAACUAAAAUCUCUGCCUGUGGUCCCAUUGCUAAGGACAAAACGCUGAGCCCUGUGAAUGGCGCCUCGAUGCGCCCAUACAUCUUGACAGAACUGACCGUGUCUGAAUUGAGCAAGAAGCUCAAGGUCAGCAAGCGUUGGUCUGUGGUGCUGCUGCUGGUGGCCAGCUUUGCAGGCGCCCUUGUUGUCAGCUACACCCUGCGGAGAGCCUUUGAGAAUCACCGAGCCAAGGCUGCUGAGGACGAGCGAAGACGGCGGCGCUUUGAGACAAAGCGACUGGAGGAGAAGCGGCGAGCAGAGCAAUCAGACCAGUCGACCGCCUGCAUUAUUUGCGACAACCCUCGGGAGGUCAUUCUGCUGCCAUGUGGCCACAUCUGCCUCUGUUUCGACUGCAGCAAAAGUAUCAACAACCUCUGCCCUAUUUGCCGCGCCCAUGUCGAAACUAUCACCGAGUACUUUAUUUCGUAGCGUGCACUUAAUUCAAAACUUGAUUUUUUUUUCUUUCGUUCUCUCUCCCU